AUGCCUGGAUGCUUUAAGAAAACUAUAUUUUCCUUGGCGUCUGCUUUUAGUUUGGUGUCUUUUGUGCUCAUAAUAGUUGCCAUGGCAACUCAGAAAUGGAUGACAGGAAAAAUACUUUGUCAAACAGGAGUUGAUUUGGUCAAUGCUACAGAUCCAGAAUUAGUCAAAUUUAUUGGAGAUAUUUACUAUGGACUUUUCCAAGGAGGCAAAGUGCGACAGUGCGGGCUCGGAAAGAGACGGUUCAAAUUCACAAUCUUCCCGCACAUGGUGAAAACAUUGAACAGCACUCUUCACGUGGCCAUUAUACUGUUCCUCUUCUCAGCCAUAUCUUUUGCUCUGAUCAGUUUUGGGUUCUGUGUUCACAAUAUAUUGAAGGUUCCUUACCGCUCCAUUAAGGGCCCUGCUGGAAUAUGCCUUUGGAAUUUUAUCGCAGGGAUGUUUAUUGUGUUUGCUGCAACAAGCUUCAUUGCCGCAGUCCGACUCCAUCAACUCACAGAGAGAAUUGCAAACUUCCGAGAAAACGUUUUCAGAAUUGUCAUCUUAGAAGAAACAUAUGAAGACUCAUUUUGGCUGUGUGUAGCAAGCGGAGCAACCCAUGCAGCAAACAUGUUAUUAAUGGCAGCAAGUGCAAUACGCCUCCCUAAGUUUAAGACAAAGACAGAAGAAGCAAAUGUGACCGCAGAGGACAUCAUGUAUUGAUCCCACGCGUGAUG